AUGGAAGACGAUAUCGAUGGCCUCCCUCCGACAAAGAGGAAGUCGUCUGCGUCUUGCGCCGCGGCGGCCGGGACUAGCUCGAAGAGACUCAAGCUCGCUCAAGCUGGCCUCGCACUGCGCGCCGAAGCUCCCCCAGACGUGGCCCAUCAUCUCCCAGCGGAGAUAUGGCACCGAGUAUUCACCUUCUUGCCUCCUAAAUCUCUCGGCAGCUUGUUGCGCGUCAACAAGCUGUUUCGCGGCUAUCUUGGCCCCCGCUCCGGCGGCGAGGUCAACAUGGCUCCCGCACACACUGCACGCUCCCCUGCACUGUCCCCAAUGAAGCCCGAUGCCAUCUGGCGAGCCUCACGACGCUUCUUCUGGCCGCAGAUGCCGGGCCCGCUGCAAGGCAAGUCGGAGGUCGACAUGUGGCGCCUAUGCUGUGCGCGGAGCUGUCAGCUCUGCGGCUUCCGCGACACCUGCGGUGAUGCAGCCAAGGCGCAGGACCAGUGGCAUCGCGGGCCAGGCGCCAAGGGCGUCGUCCCUGUAUUCCCCCUAUCCAUGGCCUUGUGCGGCAGCUGCCUCGUCGAGCGUACUGUCAAGGAGAUUGAUGUCUUCCUUUCCAACACGACGCCGUCCUUUCUCGUGACCGGCCUCCCGAUGGUUUUCAUAACCGCCAAGAUGCAUGUGAUAGCACCUCAAGUACUCUCCGUCGUAACGAGCCCUGGCAAGACGCAAAUCACAAAGGUCUUUCUUGGUGCUCACGUUGAAGAGAUUCGACUCGAAUUCGAAACAGUCAAGGGUCUGGGCCGCGCUGCCGCGGAAGAAUGGGUCAAGGGCCUUGACGCUCGCGGGAAGAAGCUGCUUGUCGACGCUUCGCGCUGGGAGAGGUGGUUCCUCUCCGGUGGUGUGCAAGAGAUGCACGAGCUCAUCCGCGACAAAUGGAGUGACGGGGAUAGAGUUUCAAAGAAGGAAGCAUCUCAGUUUGCCGCGGACGUGUUGCUAUACGUCCGCAAAAGGUUCUACGCCCAAAUUGCGGAGAAGGCGGCAGCUCGACGAGCCGCCGGGAAACAGCCCAUCGUUGAACCCCCCGAGGGGCCCUGGACUCAGAAACUCACGCUCGAAAAUAUGAAGUGGGUUUUUGACAUGAAGAUCAAGCAGCACACGGACCGGCAUCGCAAGGAGCUAUUUGUUUGCAAUGUCUGCCAAGGCCCUCGCAAGCUGUUUGGGCUCGAGUCGGUCAUCCAGCACUAUGCCGCAAAGCACACGACGGCUCUGAGCGUGGGUAAUGUCGUGGUGCAUUGGAGAGCUGAGUGGCCCGAGACGCCAAUCUUUGAUCCGGACCCAAAACAAAAGCGACCCAAAGCAGCCCCCGGCAGCUCGCAGGCGCCUCCAGCGAUGGCUCCGGUAUCGCACGGUCUCAAUGGGGUGCCUGCUCUGCCACCGGCGCCGUAUCCGCCGCCUGGAGUUCUUGAUUCAACAUAUGGCUAUGGACUUCCCACUCAAUCACCAAUGCACAUGGCCUAUUUUCCGGGAAUGGGCCUGCCUGCGGUAUCGUAUCCUGGACAGGAUACACCAGCACCAUGCCAUCCAACGACGACGCCUGCGUGGAGUCAAUAUGGUAUAUCCCAUCCACCGCCUCCAGCACAGCCGAUUGCCAGCGGCGGCGAUGGCACGUCAAGCAGUGGCAUCGAUGAUGAUCGUCGGGCUGUAAAGCCGGCGGCAUUGACGAACAAAAAGAGCAAUCAAGACCGUGCGAAGAAACUCAACUUUGCUUCCAAGGCUGCGCAGGCGGCCUGGAAGCAAGUCCUGAAUGAGUCCCGCGAGUCUUCCGAUGCAGAAAGGGCAGUGUGGUUCAUGAACCAUGUCGCCGACAAGUAUGAGAUGGAGUUUGGGCCAAUGUCUUUGGAUGUCUUCAAGGAUGCCUUGAUGAAUCGCAGAGGCUUUCGGCCGGCUCGCGAGCUCGCCCGUAUGGGCUGCAAGGCCUGCCAAGUUGGCCGCAAUUUUGGUGACAAGCCGAGAUAUUUCCGCUUCCCUGAGCUGCUGGACCACUUCAAAACACUGCACGACGGCAUGCGGCACAUGGACGGUAGCGACCGUCGAUUAAAUUGGCGUGACGACAUGGUAUUGUCACAAGAAACGAUAACCGUUUAUGGCCAGGAGGAAGAAUCUAACGCUGCAGUGGAGCACCUGGAACUCGAAGGAAAGUAUAUGGAGCGAGAAAAGCCCGGAGAGACGAAAGCAGCCCACCCGCAACGCGACGGGUCGAGCUCGGACAGCUAUGAGCCCGAGUAUGACCCGGAGGAUAUACCAAUUAAUACAGAGCCACCAGUCCAGAUGGCCAGCGGACGUCCUCUCAGCGAUACCGCUGUAGACCACGCCGUUGCCGAUGUGCCGAAUCUUCGGCCUGCCAGUGCGGUGUACAGAUCCAACCAGCCGCCUCGGAACGCGAAUGGAUCAAAGCAUCGCCGUGGACGAGCUGCGGACCAAAAUGCCGGGAGGCCCGAGCCCGGAGUGUGGGACGAGCGGAACCGGCGGGAGCCUGUGCCAGCAACACCUGCACGAAUAGACGAAGAUGGGUUUGAGAUAUUGGGUAGCCUCCAGUCACGUCUUGGUGUCGAGCGCCGUGUGCCGACGGCUGUUGGGGUGCCUGCGCGAGACGGGAGGCGCGAGGCCCUCACCCACGACAUCCCUCCGCGGGGUGAAUACAUCGUCGAGCACGAAUACGCACCGCAACACCCCCAUGACGGCGGCCCUCUUCGCAUCGCCAGGACGAACCACUACGCGGAACAGUGGCACCCAGAGCCCAGCCGAACGGUGGCGUACCACUCCCCUGCGUACUACUCGAGCGGCGAACCUGUCCCCUAUCGCGGCUACGCGGACGAUCCUCGCGCCCAGCCGGUGCAAGCACACGGCCCCCCGGAGGCGUACGAGAUCGUCGAGGUGCGCGACCCGCAGGGCGACUACCUCAUCCGGCGGCCGAUUCGGCUCGAGACCGUGCCGCCGCUGGCGUACUACGCGCACGAGGGCGUCGCUUAUGUGGAGCGUGGCGGCGCGCGGCAAGGGACCGUCUUCGACGACUCCUACCACCGCUACCCGCAACACCACCAUGGCCCGCCGCCGUCCACGCAUGCGCCGCAGGGGGCCCGCCCGCAGCGCCCGCCGUCGAGGAUGGACCUGGAGGAGUACGAUCCCCGGUUCCCCGCGCCUACGGCCCCUGCUGCCGGCGGGGUCACCAGCGGCGUGUGGCAUGAACCUAGCAGGGGAGUUUGA